CCGGAGCAUAAACAAGAGGGGGGCCGGGAUGAGGCGGCGGUUAAUGCUCAAGCGGCGAGCGGCGGCGGCGAGCGAGGCGGCGAUCGGGGCCCGGCGCCGACCCUGAGCUCACCCCGACCUGCCCCACCCGCGCGCGAGCCCCCGGCCGGGCCCGCGGGCCGCGCGCCCACCAUGAACCUGGCGAGUCAGAGCGGCGAGGCCGGCGCUAGCCAGCUGCUCUUCGCCAACUUCAACCAGGACGUCACGUCUCUAGCCGUUGGUAGUAAGUCCGGGUAUAAAUUUUUCUCCCUUUCUUCUGUGGAUAAACUGGAGCAGAUCUAUGAAUGCACUGACACUGAAGAUGUGUGCAUCGUGGAGAGAUUGUUCUCCAGCAGCUUGGUGGCCAUCGUCAGCCUCAAAGCUCCCAGGAAGCUGAAGGUUUGCCACUUUAAGAAAGGGACCGAGAUCUGCAACUACAGCUACUCCAACACCAUCCUGGCAGUGAAGCUCAACAGGCAGAGGCUGAUCGUGUGCCUGGAGGAGUCUCUCUACAUUCACAAUAUCCGGGACAUGAAGGUGCUGCACACCAUCCGGGAGACGCCCCCAAACCCCACUGGCCUGUGUGCGCUCUCCAUCAACAAUGACAACUGUUACCUGGCGUAUCCGGGCAGCGCCACCAUCGGAGAGGUGCAGGUCUUCGACACCAUCAACCUGAGAGCUGCGAACAUGAUCCCGGCUCACGACAGCCCGUUAGCCGCCCUGGCCUUCGACGCCAGCGGAACCAAGCUCGCCACUGCUUCCGAGAAGGGGACCGUGAUCAGGGUGUUUUCCAUUCCAGAAGGACAGAAACUCUUCGAGUUCCGGAGAGGAGUGAAGAGGUGUGUGAGCAUCUGCUCCCUGGCCUUCAGCAUGGACGGCAUGUUCCUGUCUGCCUCCAGCAACACUGAGACUGUGCACAUCUUCAAACUCGAGACUGUGAAGGAAAAGCCUCAGGAGGAGCCCACCACCUGGACCGGCUACUUCGGGAAGGUGCUCAUGGCAUCCACCAGCUACUUGCCCUCCCAAGUGACGGAGAUGUUCAACCAGGGCAGGGCCUUCGCCACGGUGCGCCUGCCUUUCUGUGGCCACAAGAACAUCUGCGCGCUGGCCACAAUCCAGAAGAUCCCUCGGCUGCUGGUGGGCGCCUCGGACGGGUACCUGUACAUGUACAACCUGGACCCCCAGGAAGGGGGCGAGUGCACCCUCAUGAAGCAGCACCAGUUGGACGGCAGCAUGGAGACAACCAACGAGAUCCUGGACUCCACGUCCCACGACUGCCCCUUGGUGACGCAGGCGUACGGCGCGGCCGUGCCCAAGGGUCCGCACGUGCCUUCGUCCCCGACGGCGCUGGCCUACACGGACGAGCUGGGUGCCGCGGGCGGCUCGGGGCUGGAGGACGAGGCCAGCGCCCUGCGGCUGGAGGAUGACAGCGAGCACCCUCCCAUGAUUCUGCGGACGGACUGACUGCGACCUGCGACCUCCUCGGGCCCCGAGGCAGGGAACACUGGCUGACAGAGGACUUCGCAGUCAUGCUGCUAUGAACUUUGACCCGAGCUGGGAAGAGGAUGGCAGAGACUUCUAAAUCAAAAAGAAAAAAAAAAAAGAUUGUAGCUGUAGUCUCAUUCCAUACUGUUGAGAAAUACAUUGUUUUCACUUCAGUGGCUUUUAAUCUGGCUUAUGAAUUUUUAGCUUUUCGUUGGUUUUCUCUUUUUUGCCAAAAUCAGCUGUUUGGUGAAGCUCUCAAAACACCUUUGCUUUGCAUGUAUUAAUGUGCCAAGCCAGCCAGGAGCUCUGGAGCCUGCUCAUAACAGCCCGCAGGCGUCUGGGGUUUUCAGUCUGUGCAGAGAGGCACGGGCCGGGAAGGCAGCGGCCGCGAGCGCGCAUCUGGUCCUGCUUGGGCAGGCCAGGUGGCCUUGGGGGGUCCUCUCUCCCUGGAGCCCCUCCGGGACCAUUUCACCCCUCCCCCCCCAUUUUAUUUUGUUAAUUAAAUUCUUUCCAAAUUGGAUUCUUCUGGGAUUUCUUCUGCGGUAGACUCCUGUUUCUGGUCUUGCUUUCUGGGUGGGUAUUCAGAGAAAGAGGUUCUUCCUGAAACUGAAAACCUUUCCUUCCGACAGCCCCGUGGGCUUGAAAGACAGACGCCCAGGAGCGCCGUAGCCAGGGAAUGUCGUGUACUCCGACUAUCUGGUCUCAGCUGUGACCUUCCUGUCGAGCAGCUGUAUGUGUAGGGUGUUGGUUUGUCUAAGGGACGUUUGCAGGUGUCCUAUUGCCCAUGAAGCUCAGAAAUCAGCCGGGAUGGGCACCCAAGUUGUGCUUUCAUCUUGGCGCCCCACUCGCAGCGUGACCUGUGCGUCUCUGUUGCAUCUUCCAAAGCGACUCGGCACGAGUGAUGAGACUCUGGUCACAAACUCCAGCGUUCGCCUGGCUUCCCGGACAACCUCGUAUACCUCAAACUCUGCAUUCCAAUCCGAGACGCGUAGCCGUUCAAGUUUUAAGGGACUUUUAAGUGGAACUGACGGCGCCAAAGACGGUUCUGGCUUCUUCGGACAGCAACAGUUAAGGACGCAAGUGGGAGAGCAGCGGUGUGGCGUCCGCCUUCCCUGCUGGAGCAGAGGACGGGUCUGCGGUGUCGCGCCAGGCUGAGUGUGUACCUGGGUCAUACCUGUCGAGUGGCGGAGCUGACUGCCCGCUUCAGUGCCCCGGUGCCAGGGCCCCACGCCUCAGGCCACUUGCCCACUGGUUGGCUCUGAGGUGCCCUGGGCACUUCUGCAGCAGAAACCUACAGAAACCCGGCUCAUCGCAACGACGUGAAGUGCCCUGUGAGAAGGGAGGGGAGGAUGGAGUCAGUUUCUCCCUCCCCAGAGCCUCGGCACGUCCGUCCUGUGUCCCUGGUGAAGUGGGAGCCCCGGCGAUGGGUCUGGAACCCAGGCCCCACAGGGCCCUGAGCAAGGACUGGGGACCGGCCCGCAGCCCCGUCGGCCCGGCCACACCUGCGGCCCUGCCCUCUGUCUCCAGAACCAGCUCAGCAUCCAGCUGCUCGGUGGCGCCUUUGGUGUGGAGACUGCAUGUGGCCAGUCUGGGACCAGAACCAUCGGGGCGAGAGUAGCCUCCCUGUCGACGAGUCCUGGCCUUGCUGGUGAGUUCCCCCGUCGGGUGCCUGGGGGCCUCGGAUCUGCUGCACCAGCUUUCUCUUCUCACAGGUGUGUGGUUUCAUCUUUGUUUGGGGUCGGCCAUCCCAGCGGACGGGCUCUCUCCUCUGUCAGCCUCAGCCUCCCAGCCCCAGGGGUCCGGCUGGCCCAGGUGCCGUCUCCUCAGACGCGAGACGCUCUGCUCACCCGGGUCGGCGUAACCUGUGCACCGCCAGGAGGGGCCCUGGUUGAGAAGAACUAAGAGGGUAGGGGGGUGUUUGCUGCCCCACCCCCUCCACUGCACAUGGUCCAGGUUCUUGCAAGGGGCUUGGGCAGGAAGCAAAGGAGAGCCGUGGUCAGCGGCAGGACCCCUGCUAUCGCGCAAGAGAAGGGGCUCGGCUGAACCCCGACCUCUACACCAACGUGAAUUCUUACGUCAAGUUUGCAAUCUUAAAAUAGGAUCAUUUGUUGCCACCGGGAGGCUCACACAGUGGACUCCUAUGGAACAGGAGCACACCCUUCACUUUUUAAAUGAUGGAGCUGAGUGUUGGGUUGAACCUAGAGUUAAACUGGACUGAAUUCAGCCCCCCAAUUCUACCACCUUCUGGCCGGGGACCUGGAGCGCCGGGAUCCGGAUGGGACCACGGGCAAUCCCCACCUCCCUGCCCUGGUGAAGGGUGACUCAACCGGGCGCCCAGUCCACACGGAAACGGAAACCGUUCUCACAGGACCAGAUGCUUUGUUUCUGUUCAGUUCCAGGUCCUGAGCACAAAGCUGGUGGGAACGGAUAUAAGUUGCGUUCACACACCAGGUUCUGUGCGGUUCCGUCCUGCCGCCCUUCUCGCUCCUGGACGCCAAGAGGGGCAGGCGUCCACCAGGGAUGCUGGAGGCUGGCCAGGUCUCGGAUGUGGAGCACCGCCCCUGUGACUGCGUUUCCCACCAGGACCCUGGGGCCGGCACUCUCCCGGACAAGACGGGGACAUGAACUCCUGCCGUCUGGUCCCACCUGGACCUCGCAGCCCUGCCCGCUGCGGGGGCUCCGGGCCCAGGACGGAGCAACAAGAUCGGCCCGCUCACAGGUCCAUCUGGAGAGGAGAGCAGAGCUGUCUCCCCCACAGGCAGCAGGGACCACGUGGAGACGAGACUGCAUGUACCCCGGUCCCCGCUCAGCAAAGGGAAACAGACAGUCAGCCACGGGGCCGUCUCGCUGUCCAGGUCCCGCCGGCAGGCCGGCCGAGCUGCGCAAGUUCAGGGCGGCCCGCGGGCCGGGCUCGAGGGUGUUUGUCCCCUCUUCCUGCCCCACCGACCCCUAGAGUCUCUAGCCCCCCUUCUGCACGCAGGAAUGACGGGCUCUCUGUUCUCAACUCAGCUGAAAGUCCAAAUACAUCGCUUCACAAGUGUACUUAAUCUCCCUUCAGCUCACGGUGGGCGGCUGCAAACUCGGCCUGGGGUCUGUGGGCUCAGAAACGUUGGAGCGGUGCACGCAAGCCAUUGGCAUGCUGACGGUGGCGGGAGGGGCAGGCCCUUUAUUCAGGAUUCUCUCUGUGACUAACUUAUUUCUCACUGAAAAUAUAUAAUGAUCGCUAAUCCCCAAGGAGAUUUAAAACUGCUGUGUGUUUUAGUUCUCACCCAGGUCAAAAUCCUUGGCCCGUGUUGUACCUUUUUAUUCUUUAGAUUUUGCGAAGCACAAAAAAUAAUUGGAUGUCGAAGCCCAACCAGCCCUCCGCCUUCUCUAAGGCUUCUGACUGGAAAAGUCUUUAAUUUAGGGGAAUUAAACCUUUCUGAAGCUGUGUUUCUUAAA